AUGUACUCCACGCCACAUCAGGCACGCGAAGUCCUCGUUACGGGCUCCUUUGACGGCUGGUCGAAGAGCGUUCAGCUGGAGAGGACAGACGCCGGCUUCGAGAAAGAAGUCCUCCUCCCCGACGACCGCAUCCUAUACAAGGUCUGUCUCUCUUCUCUUCUCUUCUUCUCUUCUCUGGUGGCUGGGGCUGGGGCUGGGCUGGACUGGGACCAUAUAUACGCUGGUACCUCCCUGUACCUCCCGUCCACCGUCUUUGUGCGCGUGGCCAGGUUCAUCGUCGACGGUUCCUGGCUCACCGACCCUGCUGCGUCGCAACAAGAGACAGACCACCACAACAACACCAACAGCGUCCUCCUCCCGGCUCAGUUAUCGCCCACCCCUACCACCACUACUACAACGUCAAUGUCUGGAGUCACGCCCGAGUCGACGACCGCUGGCCUCGCUGCCGCCGUCGCAAAGGAGCCGUCGGCCCACGAAGCUACCAUCUCGUCGGCCGCUCCCGAAUCCACCACCGCCCAGCUCGCCAAAGACGUGCCCCUGGAGAAGAAGAUGCAGACCCCAGGCACCUUUCCCGAGACACCGCUAGACGAGCAGGAGGUCUCUGUUAACCCUCUACCUGCGACUGGCACUGUUGGGAACCCCGUCAAGCUCGCUCCAGGCGAACAGGUGCCGGAGUCGAGCACUGUGACAGACCACACGCUAGGCUCCAACGUAACCACCGAUAAAGCAGGCUACGAGAAGGAUGCCAGCGACCCUGCCAUGGCCGCAAUGGCGGCAGGCGAGCAGCCCGUCUCUGUCAGUCCACUACCUGCGACCGGCACUGUGGGAAACCCGAUCAAGCUCGCUCCAGGCGAACAGGUGCCAGAGUCCAGCACUGUGACCGACAACACGCUCGGCUCCAACGUAACCACCGACAAGGAGAGCUACGAGAAGGAUGCCAGUGAUCCUGCCAUGGCCGCAAUGGCCGCACAGCAGCACCAGCAUGACCAGAAAAACACUUACUCUGCCCUGCCCAUCGACACCGAACCCAAGUCCAAGCCUACCGGCCCCAACGACAACCCUACCAUCCAGUCAGUCGCUCCCCAGUCGACCACCGCAGCUCUCGCGGGUGCCGUCCCGCUAGAAAAGACGCGCAACGCUGCAGACACCCAGUACGACCCCGAGGUCCCCGCCAAGCAGGUUCCGGACCUCGUCAAGGACUCCAUGAACGAAGCACACUCCCGUCCCGAGGCUGCCGGCGUCCCCGAGAUGGUCAAGGAGAAGAAGGAGCUCGAACAGGAACUGCUCCACGAGAUUCCACGCUCCACGGAGAGCGGCCUGCCUGCUCCCACCACCUCAGCGGCUGUAGCAUCCUCUAUGCCAGCACCAACUACCACCGAGCCCAUCAAGCAGGACCAGCAGAAGCAAACCCAUCAGCCAGAGACGCGGGACCUAUCUCCCAAGUCGCGUGAGCCAGACGUUCCAGGAGUAGGCAGCGAACCCAUCGCCGGCGGCACCGCUGCCUCCCAGGUCUCCUCUGCGCCCAAGGAGACCGCGCCACAGGUAACCACCGGUCCCACCACGACAACCAUCCCCAAGACCUCUGGCGUGCCGGAACGCAAGGCCGUCGAGCCCAAGACCACCUCUACCGCCGCUCCAGCCGGUGCCUCAGCCCAGAACGGCACAACCGCCAACAACACCACCGAGACCAUGGACAGGAAGAAGAAGCACCGUAUCAGCGGCUUCUUCAACAAGCUAAAGGAGAAGUUCGCGUAA